AUGCCCAAAUUCAAACAACGAAGAAGAAAGCUAAAAGCCAAAGCCAAAGGAUUAUCCAAGAAGAAAGAAGCCUCUCACUUCCAACAGAAGCUAAUUACACCUCCGCCUCCACCACCCUCACCAGAAAGGGUAAUUACUUCUUCAACAGAUACACUCCAAAGCAGAAACUGGCUGAGACCAUCUUGGAAAUUCAGAUUUCUCAACAUCAAAGAUGCAAUAAAACUUUGGACAAAUAGAGCAUGGUGUAUAUACAGCUGGUGCCAGAGCUGUGUAGUCCAGAGUUUAGAAGUAUUGAAAGAUACCAUCUUUCCAUCUCGAAUCUACCACCAAGAACUUCAUAGUCUAAAACAACAAUUUUGCCUUUUGGAAAGUGAGUUUUGCAAGCUCCAAGAAACAAUGAAGACUGUCUCAGAAAGUUCUUCUUGUCCAAGCUGUGGUCAUUUGUGUUGCAAGAGUGGUAAACUUACAAAUGUGCCUGCCUGUGCUGUAAGCACCCCUGGAGAAUCUGGUGCUAUCCUUCCUCUCACACUGGCAGCACCAACCAGCCAUCUUCAUCUUCCUCCACCCCCACCUCCACCCCCUCCACCUCCUCCUCUGCCUCCUCCUCCACCACCACUAGCACCUUUGCUGCUCAGAAAAUCCGGUCCUACUAAAGAACUUCAGGCAGGACCAUUAAAAAAAGAUGGACCCAUGCAUAUAACAGUUAAAGAUCUACUAACUGUAAAAUUAAAGAAGACACAGAGUAUUGACGAAAGGAGGAAGCUUAUACCAUCACCAAAGGAACGAAAUCCACUAGUUACUGUCUCCGACCUGCAGCAUGUUACCCUGAAGCCUAACCCCAAAGUGUUAUCAACACGAGUUACAAAUGUCCUAAUUACCCCUGGUAAAAGCCAGAUAGAUCUACGGAAACUGCUUAGAAAAGUCGAUGUAGAAAGGAGCCCAGGUGGAACACCUCUUACUAAUAAAGAAAACAUGGAUACAGGAACUGGACUGACCCCAGUAAUGACCCGGGCCUUGAGGAGAAAGUUUCAGCUGGCUCAUCCUAGAAGUCCAACUCAAACUCUGCCACUUUCUACAAGCACCAUUGAUGAAUAAAAUGAUGCCAGCUGUGCCUGACUCCGUGCAGUGCAGUGAUCCAUAAAAUAUACAGAAUAAAU